AAUCAUUUAACGGUUUACCCGUUGCAUCUCAUCAUAAAGGUCAAGGCGUGUAAGUGCUUUCUACGACUCCCGUGAACACGUUUCACACUGAGCCUCAGCGAAUCAAGAGUUCCUUUCAUCCGUAGUACCCGGAUUUACCCGUAGGGAAAUUAGCUACGUCAUUGUUCACGGACUGACUACAGCUGGAAAUAAUACAUGGACAUGCACGUAUAAUAAUAUAUUUAUUAAAAAAAUACAGGAAGACUGCCUGUUACACGAAUGCAGUAAGCCAAGCAAUGAACAAUGACCAUAGUUGACAGAUCUUCAGAGAAAUCUGACCUAGAGUCAGUCGGGUGCAAGCGCUCAGGAUCGCUGAACUUUCCCGGCGGUGACGGGAACGGGAUGGACAGUGGCUGCUCCAGCUGGGGGGCGGGGGGGCCCUCGUCCUCCGACGCCCCCAGGGUGAAGACGGGGGGCUGCAUGGGUCCCACUCCUGGAGCCACAGUCAACAGCAGCAGUGCAGACAGGCCCAAGGAACAAGUGGUGCUGACCAGUGGGGACGGCAUCGCCCUGCCCCAGAAGGUGCUGUUCCCAGCCGAGCAGCUCAGCCUGAAGUGGAACCAGGUCCACCGCAUCGGAUCAGGUCUCCAGAACCUGGGAAACACCUGCUUCCUCAACUCUGCUCUGCAGUGUCUCACCUAUACCGCUCCCCUCACUAACUACAUGCUGUCCCGGGAGCACUCUAAAACAUGUCAUGAGCCUGGGUUCUGUAUGAUGUGCACAAUGCAGAAUCACAUCACCCAGGUCUUCGCCAACUCUGGGAAUGUCAUCAAGCCCAUCGGAGUCCUCAACGAGCUCAAACGGAUUGCAAAGCAUUUCCGCUUUGGCAGCCAAGAGGAUGCCCAUGAGUUCCUGCGGUACACAGUGGACGCUAUGCAAAAGUCCUGCCUGCCUCUAAACAAAUUGGACAGGCAAACGCAAGCAACCAGUUUCAUCCAUCAAGUCUUUGGAGGGUAUUUACGGUCCAGAGUAAAAUGUUUCAACUGCAAAGCAGUCUCUGACACGUUUGACCCUUAUUUGGAUGUUGCUUUGGAAAUAAAGACUGCUCCCAGUAUCACAAAGGCUCUGGAACAGUUUGUUAAGCCUGAGCAGCUAGAUGGAGAGAAUGCCUACAGAUGCGCUAAGUGUAAGAAGAUGGUUCCAGCCUCUAAGAGAUUCACCAUCCACCGCAGCGCUAAUGUGCUCACCAUCUCACUGAAGCGAUUCGCCAACUACAACGGGGGCAAGAUCGCUAAGGACGUAAGGUAUGCUGAGUGCCUAGACCUGCGUCCCUUCAUGUCGCAGUCCCUCGGCGAGCCCCAGGUCUACGUGCUCUAUGCUGUCCUGGUGCACUCUGGCUUCAGCUGCCACGCUGGACACUACUACUGCUACGUCAAAGCUAGCAAUGGCCAGUGGUACCAGUUGAAUGACUCCUCUGUGUUGGUCAGUGACAUCAGGUCAGUCCUCAACCAGCAGGCUUAUGUUCUCUUCUACAUCAGGUCACCUGAUCUGAAGAAUGGAGGGGACUACAAUCACACGUGCCGGACCGCGGGGCCCCUCGGCCAGUUGUCCCCCCGCCCCAUUCUCACACCCCGGGUCAACAUUGGGCCACGACACACCAGCACUGGUUUCAUAGGGCCACAGCUGCCCCCACACAUGGCCAAGAACAUCUUUCACGUCAAUGGGAACAGCUCGCUAAGGGACUACCCCUCUGGCUCUAAGCCCAGCACCAGCAGUGACAACAGCAUGGGCAAGACUAGCUACAGCCCGCUCGCCACCUCUUCCUCCCAUCCUCUCAACCGUCCCACAGGCAUCCCUGACCCUGCCAAGCGCCAGAAGCUCUCCUUCUUCAUCGGUCAGGGCAAACAGAUCCGCCCCUCAUCAUCCUCUUAUGCCCAGCCGCCCUCUUCGUCACAGUCUACAUCAGACAUGUCUACGCCCCGGGAUCCUCGCAUUAAUGGCACUCCCUCCGUUAACAGAAACGGUCACGGGGCGUCGUUCCUGGUGCCGUACGGCCAGGAGUCGUCUGAGGAGUCGGACCAGGAGGGAGGCAGUGGUCUGGGGAACGGCACGGCUCAGCCUCACGUUAACGGGAGGAAGGGAGAGACAGUCUACGGCCCCGUCCCCAGAGUGCUGACCCUCAAGACCAACGGCAUCGGUAAUGGCCAGGCUACCAUGCACCGUAACGGGACCAACAGCUUCUCCAAACUCAGUCAGAACGGACACCACAACAUCAAACACCCUGAGAAGAUCCACGGUAACGGUCAUGCGAUGUCGCCCGGUUUGGGUUCCAGCAUGUCUAAUGGGGCGGAGGCUCACCACAGUGGCCCAAGCAAAGAGGUGUAUUGCACCACCGCUAGCCAGGCCAGCACCUCUCAAGCCCUGCACAGUGCCGACAUCGACAGCCGCCUCUCCCUCACCCCAGAGAAAAAGGCUAAAACUCACUCUGGCCCCCUCCCUCACCACGCACCAUCAACCACUGCUAAACCUCCAUCCACAUUGGCUGAUGUUGGAGCUAAACCACUUACCGAUGCCUUGAGGGAAUCCAGCUCCAACCCUGGGGUCUUAUUCCUCCAGCCCACCCCCCGCUGCCUCAGUACCCCAGUCCUCUCCGGACCUGGCCUGGGAGCCACAAAAGAUCUUGGAGCCCCACACAGGGGAUCUGGGGAGGACGUCAGGGAGACCCAGAACAGCCCAGCUGUAGGGCUGGAUGGAAAGCCCAGCUCCAGAGAUGGAAGAGACCAGAUGUACUCUUCCGAUCGGGAUAAGGAGAAAGGCGGGUUGAACUCUUCCGAUCGGGAUAAGGAGAAAGGCGGGUUGGACUCUUCCGAUCGGGAUAAGGAGAAAGGCGGGUUGGACUCUUCCGAUCGGGAUAAGGAGAAAGGCGGGUUGGACUCUUCCGAUCGGGAUAAGGAGAAAGGCGGGUUGGACUCUUCCGAUCGGGAUAAGGAGAAAGGCGGGUUGGACUCUUCCGAUCGGGAUAAGGAGAAAGGCGGGUUGGACUCUUCCGAUCGGGAUAAGGAGAAAGGCGGGUUGGACUCUUCCGAUCGGGAUAAGGAGAAAGGCGGGUUGGACUCUUCCGAUCGGGAUAAGGAGAAAGGCGGGUUGGACUCUUCCGAUCGGGAUAAGGAGAAAGGCGGGUUGGACUCUUCCGAUCGGGAUAAGGAGAAAGGCGGGUUGGACUCUUCCGAUCGGGAUAAGGAGAAAGGCAGACUACAUUCUUCGGACUGCGAUAGGGAUCGAGACCGGCUGUACUCUUCUGACCGGGAUAAAGACGGAGAAGGGGAUAGGUACCACUGGGACAGGAGCCGUGAACGCAACCGGGACCAUGACUCAGACCACUACCGGCACCGGCGAGACCACCGAGACAGAGACCACCAUCGGUCAUACCGGGACCGCUCGCUCAGCCGGGACAGACACCGGAACUGGGAGUCUGAGGCAUUCCUCUCACAGCGACGCUAUCACCCCAGAGAGAGGGACAGGGACCGCUGUCACCACCAUUACCACCACAGAACGAGUAAGGACAGGAAUAGGGACAGGAGGGAGCACAGCCACCACAGCCUCCCACACAGAGAGGAGCCUCAUGGACGCUCAAGGUGGAGGGAUGAAGGUAAAGAGAGGUGUUACUACCCUUCACAGGAGACCCCUCUGCCCACCCCACUGAGCUCCAGCACUAAGCCCAGUCAGCCCCUCCCAGCCCUUUCCCCAGCCCUGGUGAAACGAUCCGAGCCUCACAGAGAGGAGAGAAAGGACAGCUCUGAGGAGCGUCAGGCCAAGAAACCCAAGAAGAGCAAGAAGAAGAAGUCCAAGGACAGAGAGAGGCACAGAGAUAAUAGGACCUUUGACGUGAAUUCCUCUGACAGGGCAGCCGACGGCAGCAGUUCCUCCAAACACAACAAAAGUAGGAGGUACGACACUGACACGGAGGAUGAGAAGUCAGGGGGUGAGAUCCACUCUACCCAGAGUCCCGAGGGGCACCGUGACCCCAAUGCCCCCCUGGAGGGUCGCAGGGCAAGCAGCAGCGACGAUGAGAGGGCGAGCAAGAAGCGACGUUACCAGGACAACAGAUACCCUAAGAAACGCCAUCGCGCUGAUGACAACGACCGCUCCUUCUCCUCUCGUGAUGGAUCACCAACAGCAGCUCCUCAAAACGCAUCGCACUGCCACUUCAACGAACACACAGGUAAUGGCUUAGGUCAACCCAAUGGAAACUCCCACGAAUGUUCUACUAAUGGACUGUACAAUGACCUUAGACAGUAGAUUUUCUCUGUUCGACCAGAGACGCAGAACAAUACUUGGAAUACUUUAAAUAUCAACCUUUAUAUAAAAGUGAAAUUCAACAGCAACAGGAAUGUCAUCCCGAAUAUUUGAACGUGGUGCUGUAUUAUUGGGAAUAUACUGUAUUUUUACCACAUGAGAAAUUAACAUUCUACUAGAUUCUUUUUUUAAAUAGAUUUUUUUCAACUUCACUCGUCACUCAAUGUACAUUUGUGAUAAAUAAUUAACAAAAGAAUAAGCUGCACAGUGGAAGACUCAGGACUUUGUUCAAACGAGACGUAUUCCUCCUCGGAGAACUGAUCAACUGGUUAAAUAAUCCAAAAAGAGGAAGACGAAUAGUUUUCUUGCCUAGGAGAUGACCUGUUUGGUAUGACAUCAGUUGGCUGCAAGUUUGUCACCAUUAUCUGUAUAGGUGGAGGUAUAAAACCUCUCUCUGAUGGAGGGAAAUGUUAUUGAGUGAGUAGUGUCUGAAGGAGCUGGCCUGGUGUGACUACGUGUGCACUUAACACAACUCCACCUUCCCUGGAGACUUCUGGACAGCUCUUUGUUACUUUCGAAAGCCUAAGAUAGUCUCCCUCCCUCUGCAUCUUGCUCUCACUGAGAUGUCCAAUUAUUUUAACUUGUUAUUCAAGCAUUAAAAAAAGCUGAAAAAUAAUCAUGUU